AUUUUUCCCCAUUGAGUGUCACACAAGGAAGUUAUGCAGUUGCUUCUCUCAUCUGAUAAAAAUCAGCCAACCAUUUAAUUUAAAUAGUGUUUUAAGUUGCCAGGUUGUCACUUUUAAUAUUGAUAGCGGAUAAAUUGUUGAUCGAUAUUGUUUAGAAGCGUUAUUUAAGCAUCAGUGAAGCAACCACAAGGCGAUGGCCUUCCAGGCGUUCAGGACGAAUGGCGCCCCCACAUACUACGAUGCGAACCCCACUCCCUGGCAGGCGGACGUUCUGGAAGCGGGGCUGAUAUUUGCGUUCUGCAUCGUGGCAUUUUCCUUCUACAUCAUCCUACCCGGAAUAAGGGGCAAAGAGAAACUUUACACAUUUAUCCGGGUUACGGUCAGCCUUUACAUAGGAGCAGUUAUAGUGUUGACCAACUGGAGCUACUCGUGGGAGACGGCGCAUAUUCACACGCGCACCAAAUACAAAGCCGGCACGGGCAAGGAGAUUUCCGCUGACAUCGGCGUUCACAUCGGGUUCCGUGGCGUUAACAUAACACUGAAAGGCACACCGGAGACGCAGCUGAAUGAGACCAUCAACUACAACGAACACUUUGGCUGGGAGUGGGACCAGGGGCGUUUAGGCUUCGGGCCCAAUGCGGGGCCGUUCAACCAGGCGUACCGUGCGGCCCAGUACCGGGGUCUGCCCCUGCCGAUCCUGUGGAUCGCCGAGUACUUCACGUUCGACGGCGAGGGGAUCAGAUGGGGACGUCAUUACCGACAGGCUGGCUGGUUCUCGCACAUUUCGCUAUGGCUAUGUUUCCCGCUUUGGAUACUGACGAACGUCUUAUUCUUCGUGCUUCUCAAGUAUGGCGCGUACUGUCUCGUUCUGACCGGUGUCUGCAUGCUUAUCUCCAACGUCAUUUGGUCCACGUGGCGGAACGUGAACGACCUGAAGAUACCGUUCGAGGCUGGCUUCAUGGAGUUCUCGUUCGGCGGCUCGUAUUAUGUUUGUCUAAUCACGGGGAUCCUCUGCAUCCUCUGUGGGAUAGUUUUGAGAGUCCUUGACCUUGUAAAACCCAACGCCGCGACUACGUUCUUUGGCGUUGACGUACUACAAGACGAUGACGUCACGACGCCAAUAGAUUACAACGAACCGACGGACGUUAAGAUGCGGAAGAAUAACGGUACCGGUAUUGAAAUGAGGCCGACGGACGGCGGGAGAGCGGCGCCAUCCACGGCGGCAGCCCCCAUGCGAGUCCCGGCGGCUGUACCGGAAGAGGACGACGAUGACUCGAUAUACGAACCACCAGAAGCACCGCAACCGCAGACAAAAUACGAGAAAGGGAAGUCACGUGGUCUGACAAUCAGGAAGUUCCAGAAAUCCCGCAGGCACCGCCCUCCUCCCCCACCUCCGGAGGAACAGGACGUGCAAGAUGAUAUGUAUGUGAACGAAAGGUACGAAGUAGGGGCGGAUGAAGUACGGGUCAACAUGAACUAAAACAGUAUUUACUACGGCGUUCCGACUGGUGACUUGUAACAUGUAACUUAAAAUUAACACAUUUCUAAAUAUAAACAUCUGACAACUUUUCAUUACUAUCAGUGCCAACAUCCAAUUAAACUGAACUGACAUCUGACAUUUAAGACACAUUUCAAAAUGACUGACACAUUCCACAAAUAGGUCUUUUUCAGAUAUUAUUGUACUAUGGAAAACUUAUGGAUAAACGUAUCUGACACACCGACAACUUUCAAGUGUUUCUGUCGAACAAUGUAGACUAUUACUCAAUACAUUAAAAGGAAUUUCGCUACAAUUGUAACACAAUGUGUUUUAUUUGGUUUUUCAAAGUAUGUCACUAUAUAUUUGUUCUACAAAGCCGUUUUUGAUAUAUCAUAUUGCACACAUACCAAAUAUCUUAUUGAAUGCAUUUUAGCAAAGCAAACUAAUAUGCCAUACACUGUUCAUAGAAAAUAUAUAGUCUUUUUACACAUUAUUUAAUUCUUUUUGUAAGCACUGUAAACCUGUUUGAUUGUAUAUUUUCCUUUUACAUUAUAUUGUUAGAUUAUUAUUUUAACUACAAUUUUAAGAUAGUGUAUUAUAUGUUCACAGAUGCACAUUUGUUACAGCAGGUGAAACAGUUUGCUAUUGUACAGUUAGAUUACUGUGAAAUCUUUCCAUGCUCCAGUCAGUUUAUUGCAUCAAUAUAUACACGAUUCAGUAAGUUUAUUGCAGGAAUCCUCCAAUCAUUGACUCCAAGCGUGAAUUCACGCGUGUCACAUUAUUGCAUGUCCAAUGCGGGUUUCAUUGAUGAAGGCAAUCCGUGAAUAUUUGCUUAGUUAAUGUUGUUUCUAUUUGAAAAUGUAUAUCCAUGACAACCAAAAUAUAGGGUAAGGCGCAUUUCUCAUAAUUGCAAGUGUCGACUUAUUUAAAGAUUGCACAGUUUUGUAGCUGUACUGCCAGUUUAAGUCAAUAGUUAAAAUGUUUUGGAAAACUCACUAAUGCAUUUUAUUGUACAAUAUAGGACUGCCAUAAAGAAUAUUCAUUAAACUUAUGUUUUGCGACAAAAACCGCAUGUAUGUAUUGAAAUGUAAUGGUAGUAUAUGGUGCUACUUUUAAUAAAAAACAAAUCAGUCUCUUUUUUAAAUUUAAAGAAUUUUAGAACACAUGCUGAAUUAGUUUUGUAUUAUUUUUUUUUAUAUGUUUGCUAAUGGUUUAGAUCUACAUUAUAACAUCUGUUUUAGUAUUAUUUUAUAUUAUCCCAUUAUAUAUAUUUUGCUUUUAUAAUUUUUUGUAUAUAAUAUUCUUCAAUUAAUAAAACAACUGUCUGUAUG